GUUUUGACAUUUCCGGGGCGUCCAAUAGGAAAAUAAAAACAUCAGUCGUCUUCUUCAACCUCUGUCUGCCAGUUGAGGCGCUCGGUGCUGCGUCAGAUCGUCGCUGGAUUUCGACCGGCUAUGCCAGCGACCUGAGCGCGUGGGAGAGUAGGAGGUGUUCGCGCCGGCGGUAGCCCCACCUCUGUGUUGCGGUAGGUCCUCCCGUUCCCCAAGAUCCCUCGCAUCGCCGACGCUGGGAGGGUGGCGCCUCGGCGAUCUCUCUGCACUUUCUGGAGGAUUCUAGGAUAAGGGAGACGAGGGGACGGCGUUAUGGGGUCCGUGGAUCUGAUCGCCUCCUGCAUCGACUCCAUCCGCCAGAUUGGAGAUGAGAUUGCAGAUUCAAUAGUGUAUAUUGACGAGGGCACCUUGGAGGCGUUUCAGUUCAUAGGAGGGUUCCCCCUGCUUCUUGAACUCGGUGCUCGUGCUGUGUGCAGCUUGGAGAAUGCAUCCCCUCUCGAUGCUGCAGCUGACUGGCAAUCAAGUUUUUCUAAUCCACCAAGGAAGAUCAUAGUACUGAUAUCACGCCUUCUCAGUGAUGCACAUCGGUAUAUUUUGCGAUGCCUGAGCAACCAUGGAACCGUUUCACAUUGUACUGUACUAACAGCUAUUUCAGAGGACCUUGAAUCAUUUGGGAAAUUUAAUGCAGAUUGGACACUCAGCAUAUGUUGAUUCUCCACUCGGGCCAGAUGCGUUUCGGGAAUAUGAAACCUUACUUAUUCAGGACCAUGAUGAGCUUCUUAAGAAGUCUGAGAAUUUAGACAGACAUAAAGAAAACAUUCAUAAAGAGGCGAGUGAUUUUACCUCUGACGUUGAUAAUUAUUCUAAGUGGGGUUCUGGGGUGCAUUAUGGCUCUAAUUCUGAAUCCAGCCCAACGAAAAGGGAUUUUUUUGAUGACGAAAUGGGCCAGGUAGAAGCAAGAGGGAGAAGACUGUUUGUAGCUGUGCGUCACUUUCCGAUGAUUUUCUCUCCUAUUUCCUCAAGGGUUUUUGUUUUGCCCUCUGAAGGCAUAAUUGCUGACUCAAGCCUGUCGAAUCAUCAUGAGGAUUCCCUUGGCUCUGGUUUACCCUCCAUAUCUACUGAUAAACCUUUUGAUAGUGACGAGGUACCACCAGGAGUGACAUUGACUGCCCAGUUUCUGUACCAUUUGGCCAAUAAGAUGGACCUAAAGCUUGAUAUAUUUUCACUUGGUGAUACAUCAAAGGUCAUUGGAAAGCUGAUGAUGGAUAUGUCAAGUCUAUAUGAUGUUGGUCGCAAUAAGAGAUCUGCUGGUCUACUGAUCGUAGAUCGUACAGUUGAUCUCCUAACUCCUUGCUUCCAUGGUGACUCAUUUCUUGAUAGGAUGCUAUCCUUGUUGCCACGCAAGGAAAAUAUGCCAUCCAAUUCUGCAGCGAAAAAUCCACAAACUCGAAGUAAGCAUUCUCAAGGCACCAUUAAACGUUCCCCACUGGAUAUAAAAGUUCCUUUUGAGACAGUGUUUAGCAAGGAAGAAUCAAAGAUUAGGAGCAGUAUGUUAUCUGAAGGUUUCAUGUCAUUUGCGUCUGGAUGGAACUCCGUUGAUGUUGACUCUGAAGUUAGCUGGUUACCUGAUUACGCUGAUAAAGCACAUGAUCACAAACUUAGCUGUGAACUUGACACUAUAAGUGGCUCGUUCCUACCCAAUUGUGCUCGAAUGCGCUACUUAGAAGCAUUGCUAGACAGAGGAUCGAAAGAUGGGUUAGUACUGAUUAAAAAAUGGCUUAUUGAAGCCUUGCAGCAUGGGAAGCUAACAUCUGCAUCCAAAGGUUGGCAAGGAGCCACUUCUGUUUCAGAGAUUCGAUCUAUGGUGCAAAUGCUUUCCCGAGACCAGUUGUCAUUGUUAAAAAACAGGGGUGUUAUCCAGUUAGCACUAGCUGCUGAAAUGACUCUACGGGAGCCUCAAAGUUCUCGCUGGGACGCCUUUACAAGUGCCGAGAGAAUAUUAAGUGUGACAUCUGCAGAGACACCUCAAAGUCUUGCCAGUGAGCUUCGUGAUUUCAUCAACACUAGCACUUUAGUUGAAUCACACACACAAACUACUUCAAUGGAGUCUUCACAGGGCCUACUUAGUUUCCAGGACGUACUGCUUCUAACGAUUAUAGGGUAUAUCUUAGCUGGUGAAAAUUUCCCUACAUCUAUGGCUGGUGGUCCAUUUUCUUGGGAAGAUGAGCGGUCUCUUAAAGAUGUUAUAGUGGACUCUAUCCUUGAACGACCAUCAUCUGUGAAGUUGCGCUUCCUUGAUGGCCUGGAUAGUGAACUUGAAGCUAAAGCUAGAUCUAAAGAUGGCGAGAGGAAUAAAAACUCUAGCGAGGUAGCACCCAGUACUGAUGAUGAUUUUGAUGAUGAAUGGGGUACCUGGGAUGACAGUGAUAAUACUGAUCACCAAAAGGAGGAAGCUUAUGGGGACAUGCAACUUAAGUUGGAAGUGCGAGAUAGAGUUGAUCAGCUUUUCAAAUUCUUUCACAAAUUAUCCAGUAUGAGGUUAAGAAAUCAAGCCCUUGGUGAAGGUAUAGCAGCAUUAAGUAGAUUCGAGACUGACGGUUACUCGAGGAAAUGCUUGCUUUAUAAGUUACUAUUAGCUCUCUUGUCGAGGUACGAUGUACCUGGCCUCGAGUAUCAUUCAUCAACUGUUGGUCGUCUAUUCAAAAGUGGACUAGGUAGAUUCGGGCUUGGACAGUCUAAACCAGCCUUCGGUGAUCAAUCUGUUCUUAUCAUUUUUGUUCUUGGAGGUAUUAAUACUCUUGAGGUCCGGGAAGUCAUGACAGCGAUAUCGGAGAGCAGCAGACCAGAUGUGGAGCUUAUUCUGGGUGGGACAACCCUUCUUACCCCAGACGACAUGUUUGAGUUGAUGUUGGGAUCGUCAAGCUUUGCUUAGGCUCAACCUUCACUCUUGAGUCAUGUGCGGGACUUGGAAAGAAAUCGGAGCAUAUUUUUUUCUUAUUCUCCAGAAUAGUUACUUGUCUGAUGUAGCAGAAGCAUUCAGACUCGGAAGAGGAUACUACCAGAAGAAAGCAGUCCAUUCAGAGUCAAAAUAGUUUGCAAGAUGAACCUACGAGUAUUGCUGGAAGGUGUAAGAAACAGUGUGUCUAGUUAUCAGUGGCUGACUCUUGUUGUAAAACAUGUAGCAGAGAUAUAUCAAGCAAAAGAUGCGUAAGAACUCAAGUAAUUUGUUUUGUCACUAACAUGAGCAGAUGCCGUUUGGCUCCAUGAUGAA